AUGCUGUCGCUCGCGACGUUACCGCCUGGCGACGACGCUCCUGGUCCUCUUUCCCCUGCUCCCGGCGGUCGUCGUCGCCUCAAGCUCGACAAAGCCGGCCGGCCCACCGUGCCUUGCGCCGCCGCCUCUGCCACCGUCGUUCCGGGUCUCCGCGCAAGCGACCUCGAGAGUUCCGCCGCGGAUGCGCUGCUAGAUGCAGACCCUGACGCGCCCGGCGCCAGCGCAAACGCGGCUUCCGCCGACGCGGACGAUGACGUCAGCAUCGACAUUCCCGUUGACUUGGACAGACUUUUCCGCAAGUGCGCAGAGCAGCAGCAGAUGCUGCGCGAGGCGGAAGGGGGAGGGGGAAUGGGCGGAAGGGGACUGGGGGGGGACGCCGCUUGGCACCUGUCGACCUUGGCGGAAGCGGGGAAGCAGGGGAUGACAAAAUUAUGGGCGGUUCUCGGGACAGGCGGAAAGGCUGCUUUAGGGGCAACAGGAGCGGUAUUCCCGUCUACUGGGUCUCGUGGGAGUGCCGAUUCUAGGGAUGAUGCUCAUGGAAGGGCAGAAGAGAAUAAGGGAGACGGACGACCGGGCGAGCAAGUCCUGAAGGAAGCUGCUAGUAACGAGUAUAAGGCAAUGCAUUUUCGGAGCAAGUCAGUGGCGGAGGGUCGGGCAGGCUACAUUGACCUAUCAGGAUCCGACACGUCACCAGAGGCGAAAUGCAGCAGCAGCAGCGCGGCAAAUCUCACGACCACUAAUCGAAACACUAGCAUUGACAGCACAGACAAUAACGCCGACAGUCCCACUAACAGUCGCGAUUCCACCAAGUUUGCCGGCCUUUGGAAUCGACAUUCCGUCUCCUUCCACCACCACCACCAGCGCUCCAAAUCCGUCACGUCUGCUCCGUUGGAUUUUCGGGCCAGUCUUGACCCAACGGUCGAGAUUGCGUUGCCGAGCCAAAGUGGCAGGAGAAUCAGCAUGACGGUCAAAGGCAGGAAAAGCAGCAGCAGCAACAGGAUUGAAUCAGCAGGAGCUCAGGGGAGCCUUUUUUCAUCGCCCCCAACGGCAGCAACGACAGCAGCAGCAGCAGCAGCAGGAGGAGAAGCAGCAACAGCAGCAGCAGGAGCAGCAGCAGCAACCUUGGAUGAGUCUGUUCUCUCUGUACUUAGAUUUGAGCCCAACGCUGCUGCUGCCAGGAUGCGCGUCGAGACGGCUAAGGGUGUGUCUCUCUUACUAGAUGCUUCCACUGGGCAGAUUCUGGCUGCUAGCGAAGCCGCUAAUAGGGAGGCUGCACCAGGUGCAAGGGAGGACAUGGAUGGCGGGAUGGGACAGACGCAGCAGCAGCAGCAGCAGCGAUUGCUUGUAGGACGAUCGGUGUUUGAGUUGACUAACGGCAAGAUGACUAUGGCGAACUGGCAAGCAGCAGUGGCGGCGCUGCCCCCCGAUAGAGUCACAGAGAGCGUCAUCCUCAGGUUGAGACGCACUGCUGUGCAGCAGGACGAGCUGCCGCUGCUGGUGGGAAGCAUCUGCGCGUUUAGGAGAGAGAGAGGGGGGAGGAGAGAGGGGGAUGGAGAGGGUGGGAGGGCAGGGGAAGAGGGGAGAAGAAGGCUGGUUGAUGAGGAGGAGUGUGAGGAGAGAGCAGAGAGGAGGGGGAUGGGGACGAGAGAAGGGAGGGAAGGGAGGGAAGCGAGGUAUGGGAGGGAGGAAGAGAGAGAGAAGGAUGGGAAGCGUAGGGUACUGGAGCAGAGACAGCAGCGGAUGGUUUCGGAAGGCGAGGGAGGUUAUGGUGCGAAGCAGCAGAGGCGAGGGGGCGGCGGUGGUAAUAGCAGGAGUGACUAUAAUGAGAGCCACUGUAAUGAGGAUGGUUGUAGCGAGGGAGAUGGUGAGGAGAGUAAGAUCGGCGAGGAGAGGAGUGUGGGUAGCCGGCGGAGCCUGAAGCUGGAUGGACGGCGAGAACUGUCCUCUAGCAGGGGGUUGAGAGGAUCAGGUGAUGGUGGGGUUGCGAAUGAUUGGGAGGAGGAGAGAGGAGGGCAGAAGAUGGGGAUGAAUUUGAACAUGGCACAAGGAGAGGAGGAACAAAGGGCGGAGAUGUCUGAUGGGAGGCAGGAGAGGAGGGAGGAGAGGGAGGAAUGGGAGGAGAGAGAGGAAUGGGAGGAGAGAGAGGAAUGGGAGGAGAGGCACGAGAGAAAGGAGAGGAAGAUGAGGGGAGCGGAUGAUAUACGAAGGGCUAAGAUUGCGCUGGGAGGGAAGGUGAGAAGGCAGGAGGUUGGGCUUCGAGUGAGUGCGAUUGCUGGGGGAAUGAAGGUGGCAGGGAAGGGGGAUGAGGCUGCGGUGGCCCCAGUCCCUCCAGUGCCAAGACAUCGCAGCAUCUCCCCGCAAGCCUCCACUCUUGACGCGGCCCCAGUGCCCCCUGUCCCAAAGCCCGCUUCAGGCGGUAACCAACAGAGGCUGGGAAGAGUGAAUGGGGGAGGGGCGAACGGGGAAGGAGCAAAAGGGGGAGGAGCAAGGGUGGGUGGAGAAAAAGUCGGAGGUAGAAUGGAGGGAAGAGAAAAUAACGGAGCCUUGGGGGGGAGGGUGGGUGGGGGAAGAGCUGUAAGGUCUAGGAGUAGUGAUGAGAUUGGGUGUCCAAUUGAGGAGCAGGAGGAGGAGGAGGAGGAGGAGGAGGAGGAGGAGGAGGAGGAGGAGGAGGAGGAGGAGGAGGAGGAGGAGGAGGAGGAGGAGGAGGAGGAGGAGGAGGAGGAGGAGGAGGAGGAGGAGGAGGAGGAGGAGGAGGAGGAGGAGGAGGAGGAGGAGGAGGAGGAGGAGGAGGAGGAGGAGGAGGAGGAGGAGGGGAAGGGGGUAAGGCGAGUGUGA